CUUAGAAGUGUUUGUCAGUCUUAUACUUCUUUCAGUGCUCCAUCCAACUUGACAACAGAACUCAGAGCAGGACCUUUUUUCAUUCUCACAUAAAUAAUGUUCCUCCAUCUGAUAUGUAUGGCACUGCUCACCCUGUGGUCUUGUCCCCCUAUUUUGGGCAUCUAUUACCCAAAAACUCUGCCAUGUGAUGUUAGCGAGGUCAACAACGGGAGCGAGGUGAAGGUGGACUGCACCGAGAGAAACCUCAAAAAAAUCCCCCAUGGCAUCCCAAGAGACACUACCAAUCUGACGCUCACCAUCAACCAUAUCCCCAGCUUAAACUCCACCUCUUUUUACGGUCUGGAGAACUUGACUGAAAUUGACAUGAGGUGCAACUGUGUGCCCAUCAAAAUUGGCCCCAAAGACAAGAUGUGCCUCAAGAGCGUGACAAUUGAAGAAAAUACUUUUAGCAGCCUGAGUAAUCUACGAGCACUGUAUCUAGAUGGCAAUCAGCUGUACAGUAUACCUAAAGGCCUGCCUUCGAAUCUGAUCCUGCUGAGUUUGGAAGUGAAUCACAUUUACUAUAUUUCUAAAGCAAACCUCUCUGAGCUCAGAAAUGUUGAGGUGCUUUACCUUGGUCAAAACUGCUAUUUUCGUAACCCCUGCAAUGAUUCCUAUGGCAUAGAAGACGGUGCAUUUUUACAGUUUAACAAUUUAAAAUUGCUGUCUCUUAAGUCAAAUAACUUGUCUUUUAUUCCACAUCAGCUACCCACAAGUCUGAAGGAGCUGUAUCUUUAUAACAAUAACUUUCAAGAAAUCACUGAUGAAGACUUUAAAAACUUAACUAAUCUUGAGAUUCUAGACAUUAGCGGAAACUGCCCUCGAUGUUACAAUGCCCCUUUUCCAUGCAGCCCAUGUCCAAAUAAUGCACCACUGAAAAUCAGCAAGACGGCUUUUAAAAUGUUGAACAAAUUAAAAACAUUGCGCCUGCACAGCAACUCCCUGACAAACGUGCCUUCCGAAUGGUUUGUCAACAUGACAGAGCUCAGAGUGCUUGACCUCUCAUCAAAUUUUUUAGCAAGGGAGCUAGAAAUCACUGUUUUUCCAAAAUUCCUGGGCAAACUAGAAGAACUGGAUCUUUCAUUUAACUAUGAGCUUCAGAGGUACCCUCAAACGCUGAGAUUGAGUCACAAUUUCACCUUUCUAAAGUCUCUUAGAAUUUUCAGACUGAAGGGGUUUGUGUUUCAGCAGUUAACAACAGAGACCAUUGCUAAUUUAAAACCUCUACCAAACCUUGAGGUUGUAGAUCUGGGUACAAACUUCAUUAAAAUGACAAAACUUAGUAUUCUGAUGGAACUAAAAAGCUUUAAAAUAAUCAGCCUGUCUGACAACAAAAUAUCUUCUCCCUCUGAUGCCCAAGACGCAGUUGGUUUGUCCGGAGGAGAACCCUUGGACUGGUCUCCAAUGUCUUCCGCUGCUCAGUACCAAAGCAAAGAAGUGAGAGAGAUUCAUUAUUUCAGAUAUGAUGAGUAUGCACGAAGUUGCAAAUACAAAGAUAAGGAACUUGGAGUUAUUACAUCCUUUGUCAAAAAGGAGUGCAGUCAGUUUGGCAAAACCCUGGAUGUGAGCAGAAACAAUAUAUUCUUCUUGCAUUCACGAUUUUUAAAUCUUACAGAGCUAAGAUGCCUCAAUCUGUCUGGAAAUGCAAUGAGUCAAAGUCUGAAUGGAUCUGAAUUUAUUUACCUGACUAAUUUACAAUAUCUGGACUUCUCAUGGAAUCGCUUGGAUCUGCUCUACUCCACCGCAUUCCAAGAGCUGAAAAAUCUGAUCAUCUUGGAUAUAAGUAAUAACAACCACUAUUUUGAAUCAGAAGGUUUGACUCACAUGCUUAAUUUCACUAGGAAUUUAAAAAACCUCAAGGUACUACUCAUGAAUCACAACAAGAUCUCCACUUCCACUAACACAGAACUGGAGAGUAAAUCCCUGGAAAGGUUAGAGUUCAGAGAUAACCGGUUAGAUGUAUUGUGGCGUGAUGGGAACACCAAAUAUAUCAAUUAUUUCAAGAAUUUAGUGAAUCUGACUGUCCUUGACAUCUCCCAUAACAACCUCCCUUUUAUUCCAUUGGACGUAUUCAGCAGUCUGCCGGAGAAGUUAUCUGAGCUCUAUAUCAAAAACAACAAACUGAAAUCCUUUAAUUGGGAGAAACUGCAACUUUUACAUUCAUUGCGAGUCUUGGAUCUCAGUGGAAACAGCUUAACAACUGUUCCCAACAUGCUGUCAAACUGCACCACAUCUCUUGAAAAACUAAUUUUACAUAAAAACCAAAUCCUAAAGCUUACAUCAGAUUUCCUCAAGGGUGCCUACCACCUAAAAUAUCUAGAUCUUAGUUCUAAUCACAUUCAGUACAUCGAAAAAUCCAGCUUUCCAGAUGAUGUUCUUAAUCAUAUGGACAUGUUACUUCUGGACAAAAACAGAUUCCUGUGCACUUGCAAUGCCACUUGGUUUGUCACAUGGCUCAACAGGACUACAGUGACCAUCCCUAGACUGGGCACAGAUGUUACCUGUGCUGCUCCAGGGGCACAAAGAGGUCGUCCAGUCAUCUCAGUGGACCUUUUGGCUUGCCAACAUCACUACCUGUCAAUCAUCCUCUCCACCCUAAUGAGUUCCCUUGUCCUCAGCUUGGUCACACUGUCCAUCUCCAGCCAUCUCUUCCUGUGGGAUGUCUGGUACAUCUACCAUUUCUGCAGGGCUAAGCUCAAAGGCUACCGCCGCCUGUAUUCCCAGAGUGCUGUCUACGAUGCCUUUGUGAUCUAUGAUAAGGAGGAUCCUGCAGUGUCAGAGUGGGUGACGAAGGAAAUGUGCGUUCGGCUUGAGGACUGUGGAGAUCGCCGCCUGACACUGUGUCUUGAGGAGCGGGAUUGGAUGCCUGGAUGCCCCCUGAUUGACAACCUCUCUCAAAGCAUCCACAGGAGCAAGAGGACAGUGUUUAUUCUCACCAAAAAAUACAUCAAAGGAGGAAACUUCAAGACGGCGUUCUACAUGGCUCACCAAAGGCUAAUGGAUGAAAAAAAUGAUGUUAUAGUGCUUAUUUUCUUAGAGAAAGUGCCUUGCAAUUCAAAGUACUUGAGAUUACGGAAGAGGCUGUAUAAGAGGUCUGUGCUAGAGUGGCCAACAAAUCCUCAAGCCCAGCCAUACUUCUGGUUCAGCCUGAGGAGUGUAUUAGCAACUGAAGGUCACAAACAAUACAACAAUCUCUUCAAAGAGACACUGUAA